UUCCAGAUUCCUUAUAGGGCGAGUCAGCCGCUGUAGCUACCACGGUGUAUUUUUGGCAGUGUUGUUGUAUAGGCCCCACCAAUGCGCGACCCCCCGCCACAGUGAAAACCGAUCUGCGUUCUGACUAACCGAAUACCUCCAUAUAUGGCACACAGAGGCCCGAAAAUCUGCGUUUUAUCUCAACUCCCGUUUUUACACAAAUUUGGCAACAUGUGUUAUAGUUUUACAACAGGCAGUUUGCAAGGCACGUCUCGGACAAAAGUUUGGAGACUUUUGAAAAGUUCCUCUGUUGAUCAGUUGAUCAGCUGAUCGUUGAGUUUUGUACACAUGGUAACUACUACCACAAAGGGAAUUUAUAUCUGGGAAUAUUGUAUUGGAACAUAUCUUAAAAUCCGAGACGUUGACAAUGGAUUGGAGUUUAUCGACAAUGUUUACCAUUAUUUAUGCUCUGUGAAGUUGAACGCGGACGAUUUUAAGGUUUGCUGUGGUCACCAUUGAUCAUGUUUUCAGUGGAGUAACGCAUCUGUUUACAGGAAAGUAGUUACAGAUUUUCUAUAUAAACAAUUUAGCACAUUCGUCAUGUCUCACCGGAGGAAAAAUUCACAUCCCAUGAACAAGCAGAAACGGAUUGGAAGUGUUGUGGACAGGGUAUUAGCCGCCAAAACACGAGAAUACGCUCUUUUGACCGGCGAGAAAGAUGAUGCACAACAACCAGAGACAGUGGAACAGCUUCUCAAGUCCAAUGAAAGCCUUUCGACCAAUCAGAUGUCAGCGGCUGUUUCCACAGAUGGGUCCAGCCAAUCAUCUCUCAAUAGCUUUCUCGAUCCGUCCAAUCAGAACAUUGCUAUUCCCGAUGACCUCUUUAAGGACUUCCAGGCCUUGAAGAGUGCCACCCAUCUCGAUACUACUGAGCUGAUGAGGAAACUGUUGAAAGAAUACACAAGUGGUCCUGAGUCUGAUGCAGAGGGCGCCAACAACUCUGAUCAGGGGAAGUCACCCAGUAUGGAACAGAAUCAAGACGUCUCCAGCCUCUCGGAGUAUUAUAAAUCGGAGCCGGUUGACGUCACGAAAUCCGACCUUGACGUCACCUAUCAGUCUGGUAACGUUAAUGAACCUCUGGAUCUCUCCACUAUUAAAACCGAGAAUCAGUCUAGUGACUCAUGUACCGAUUUGACCCCGAGGUCAUUGGCCCGUGACCUCUCGCAGCAGGUCAACGUCCGUCAGGGGUCAACUCUCUUCCCCACGAACAUUGAGACACAGAAACCACAGUCUUACUAUGGGGAUGGAAGUCCUGGUAUGGUCCUAUAUCCGUUUUUUGGAUCCGUUACUACACAGUACCCUUUAUCUGUACCGGAGGCUUCUAUGAAGGUCCCGACCGUGAUGCACCAAUCCUUGCAAGGCGAUCGCGAGCAGGUGGAAAUCCCGGAUGUUGGAUCUCCUGAACAAAAUCUGGUGACAAACGCCAACGUAAAAUCGGAAAAUAUUUUUCAAUCGGAGAAUUACAGAGAAGUCCAAUUUCAAAAUGGUUCUGUUAAAAUCAAAGGUACCAAGUUACAUCCGGAAAUUCAAGUGGGUGAUUUGCCAGAAAGUGGUCAAAAUACCCCUACUGAAAGUCCGAUACAAUUUCAGAACAUAUCACCAAAACUGGUCACGAGUAUUAGUAACGCAGAAUCAAAUGCUGUUGUCAUGCCAACGGACGCGACUCCAGUUCCGAUAGCAUCCAUUCCUACCACUCGGGAAAUGAUGCCUUAUUUGUCACAUAUUCAACAAUCAGCUCCACAAAUCACUGGUGUUCUUCCCGCGGUAAUGUCUUCUACUGACCUUUCUAAUAUGACUUUUGCCGAAAACUAUGCAGCCGCAACGGCACAAUAUCAAAUGCAAGAAUUUCAAAAACCGUCCAAAGUAUCGGGAAAAUCUCCCAAGAAUUUAAACAAAAAAUCCGGGCAAAUGAAACUGAUAGCGGAAAACACAUCUCACCACGGAGUUUACACAAGUGUGUUAAAGUUACCGUGGAGUAGACGGACGCGCACACCCAAGACGGAAAGUGCCGAAAAAGCUAGUCAGCAGCAACAACAAAAGCUACUUCUGAAGCAGCAACAACAGCAACAACAACAACAACUGUUGCAACAACAACAGCAAGCUCAGCAGCCGCUGAUGUUGUUACCGGUUGCCACAACGAAUAUACCGUCAUCACAGGCGGGCGUGUUUAUUCCCGCCACAAACUUCACCAUGCCAACCGUCACCUCUAAUCCUUUAGAUACGACUAUGAUAAGUACGUCUAUGACGUCAGCAGUUGUCACACCCACAGCUACUCCUAUAGCCACGUCCACUUCUACCCAGCCAAUGAUGAUGGUUUAUCCAAACUCUUCAUUCGGCUCUCUAAAUAAACCAGUGCGAAAGCGCGGUCGUCCACCGAAGGUUCCAGUAUUAGCCCGGAUGUUAGCUGAAGCAAACAAAAGGGCCGCGUUAGACAUGCAACAAAUGCCAAACUUUUUCCAGAACUUUCCGGGAUGUCAACAACCGGCGGCUAUUGUUUUGAAUGUGAACAACAUGGUCAACACGGCCGUACCUGGGUCAAUUACGACACUGAAUGCUGUGACGUCAUCGUCCACAAUGUCCAGCAAUCCGCCCGCUGUCGUUACCGCCCCAACAGAUACCGUUCCUAUCGAACAGAUUCCAAUUCAGCAUCAUACUCUAGACCUCCAGCAAUCAUUGCCAGUUCUGCCGGGUCAAAUACCCAUUCAACAAGUUCAAACACCAGAUAUAGCAACCCCUGCCUCAAUUGCGCAUGCCUUGGAGAACGACCAACGCUACAGAACAUUGGCACAUGCGGACGAUACUGGUCAGACACAACAAACAUUUUCAUCAGAUCUAAUGCCAAAGUCUCAACCGCCUGAGCCAGAAUUAAAAACUAUUUCAACUACAUGUGUCGCUAAAACCGACUCUGGCGCCCUCUACCAGGAAAUGAUUCUUUCAUCCAAAUCAUUGGUGAAUGUGAAACCGAGGCGACGUCAAACCACCACAGAGCUUCUCAAAUCUAAAUCGGGAGCCGACAGUUUCAUAUGCACGUCCUUUCGUCUUCGAUCGUUACCGGGUAAAGCAAAAGAGAAAAGGACGGCUGUGGUCACCGGUAUGAAACGUCGAGGUCGACCGCCAAAACGGAGAUUGAUGGGAAUGUUUGACCACCAGCCAGACGGCAUUGGAAAGAAAACGACCGACCAACUAUCGUCACAAGUUCCGAUUUCAGACUCGCAAACAAUAGCACAGCUGUAUGGUGAGUCAAAUCUCGACGCCUUGCACUCACCCGUAGAAAUUGGACAAACUACGCUAGACUUGACCGGAGGAGAAGACCUCGACCGAUGUCCUAGAAGUUUAACUAAUUCUGAGGAACCGCGUCUGUUUGACGGGGAAAUAGACAGUAACUAUGACAAUCCCCUGUUAGCGAAUCAGUUCGGUGUUGAAGGAUCUCUGUCAGAUGGAUGCUUACCUCAGGAUACGUCACAGGGACGCUUUCUUUUCUCUAGUGAUGACGAUGAAGCCCGUUUAAAUCGAGAUCAAAAAAUUGGUUUGGAUUGCGAUCUUGAACCAGACGAGAGUUCAAACGAUGAUAACGAUGAUUGUUUAUCAAACGAAAUGUUUUCUAAGCUUUUUCACUGCAAAGUAUGUAAUGAAAUCAUCCCCGUGGAGAAGAAAAAUGAACAUUGGGAAAAGCACGCGCGUGUAAAAAUUAAGUGUGUCACGUGUGCUGCGUCCUGUCAUAAGUUCCUAACUAAAGAACAAAUGACAUCCGAUUCUGUGCGAGAACGUCUCCAAUGUGAAAAUUGUGAGCGGUCAAGUGAAAUGGAGGUCACCGAUCACUCUCUUUCUACGGGUGUCCAGUGUGAAAUUUGUCAAGAGAGUUUCCUGGACGGACGCACAUUAAAGCGACACGUCAAAGUCGAACAUCCGGGCACUCAUGCCCUACAAAAAGCAAAACUUAUGAGCUUACGAAAACACUCGGAGGAUCAUCUACAAUCGAAUCCGAAAUCUCAUGAACUGAAAGUAUAUUUGUGUCCAGUUGAAGAAUGUCAGAAAAAGUUUUAUUCGAAGUUUCGGAUCAAACUACACAUGAAGAAAUGGCAUAGCAACAGGCAAGGAUCUCCAUCUAGCGGGGAGGGAGGUAAAAAGAAAGGAAGUGGGCGGGGCCAGUUUAGACAGUUUACAGUGAAGGGAUAUACAUGUUCGUGGCCCGGAUGUGAUGAGGAAUUUCAGACAGAGCGAAACCUAAAAGUGCAUCUUCUGCUUCAUAGGGAUGAAAAACCACUCAAGUGUGACUUCUGUGACUAUCGGUGUCGGCAGAGGACGGCGCUUGGGUGGCACACACGCAAACACCACCCGGAAGCUUCAAACGUCCUUAUGACAUACACACAAUCAGGUUCCACGGAAGGCUCUGCACCUGGGGAAGAGAACGGGGUUGAGUAGCUAGAACCAUGCAACGUGCUCUGUAUUUCUGAAGAACUAUUAUCUAUCGCGGCGAAAAGAAUACCUAGUUCACAAAAAGACCGAUUACGAAUUCACAAAAUUUACGGGUGAUCUGACAUUGUUAUUAACUACAUGUAUGAAAUUAUGUCUUGAAUACUUAAUUAUUUAACGAACAUGGUCGAACACCUUACGUUAAUAUUUUUUAUUUAUUUUUUAUCAUUGUGCUAUCGUAGUUAAAUAAGAUAAGUCAAGGCAAACAUGCAUCACCGCAGGCGGUAAUAUAUGAUAUAUGUAUGAAGUUGUUGAUUGUGUGAAAUAUAAUAUAAUCUGGAUUUAUCCGUAAAAUUAUCCGCAUUAUAUUGCAACCCCUAUCACUAUACCGGGUACAUUAUCAGGAUAAUGUGAACCAUCUCGUAUAAAUAUUUUAUUUUCUGGCCCCUGUGACUAUUACCUUGGAAAUGUAUACUCAGGGAAAAUGUCUGCAGCUGGCAAAUUAAAUUUUCAA